AUGCUCUGCUCGUACUGCAACCAAGUUUUCCACUCCUCGGCCUGGAACGGUCCUCAUCAUCCCAACACCGCCUCCCUGACCUUGGCAGCCCACAAUGGCUGCUACAUCUGCCAGUCGAUCCUCCAUGACCUUACUCAGAAUGACAGUUCGCCUGACGGUAACUGGAGCUACCGCAUCUACAAUGAUGCAGGCUAUAGCCAAUUGAUCAUCGACAACGAGAGCGGUAAGCCGCAGCCUCAUGACACUACCCCGUACUGUUACACCCUGCUCGCAGUACCCAGCGAGACCCUCUCAUUCAACCCCGGUCCUCGCAUGAGAGACUCCUCUGCUCGGCUUGCGGAUACUAUAACGGCAGUCGAAGGCUGGCUGAAGGUUUGUCUCCGCGAGCAUGCCUGUCCCCGGAACUUGCAACCUGAGUACCACCCGUCGCAGCUCUUGAAGAUUUCCCGUGAGGGAAAUGUGCGAUUGAUGAUCCUGGAUAAAAACAGGUUCAAAGCACCUUAUGCGGUGCUGCAUUGUGGGCUUUCUGACCACGCCGGGAAAGACUGGCUGCUAGUUGUGGAGACCCUGCGCAGUGGCGCGCGUAUCUCUGAUCUGCCUGCGGCAUUGAGUGAAGUCUUCACCUUACUUCAGGCGGUCGGGAUCAAUCAUAUCUGGCUCCCGCAAGUCUGCAAUCUGUCUGUAGAGCAGCCAUACUCUCCAAUGAAAAAGGAGGACAUGUGUCUUUACUCCAACGCGAUCCUCACCAUCGCGUUGUCCAUUCCCGGAGACGCCAAACACAGCGUCUUCAACCACUCUAUGGCCUCGCAAAACCAGAUGCUCCCCUUCCAGGUCACUCCGAUAAGUGGAGUCAUGGGUCAAAUAGUCAUAGGCAGCGGCAAGAUUGAUGAGCCCAGAAACAACAGCCUGAGUUGUACCUUCAUCCCCUGGUCGUAUCUCCCCGACACCCUUCACCACAACGGCAAUCACUCAGGGGGCAUCCAGUCUCGCCUAGCUACCCCCCGCUUUUUGACCAUCGACUCUGAGGCUGCGGAAAUCUUCUGGGAAUGCAGCUGCUUCAACCCAGCAAGCGAAUCACUUCCCGCCGGAAUUAUCCCUUACCUCCCUUCCUCACUCUUGACUGGGCCGGACCGGUUUCCACACCGUGACACCAUCGUUCCCAGUGAUGCAGGAUGGUAUACACUGCUGGGAUUUUGGUACAGGAUUCUCGACGAGUAUACAGCCACGGUUUCAGCGAGCGGAGAGAGGAUAGGUGCGAGGGAAAAACUAGUCGGGGUGGAAUGGCUGGCAGACGAGGUGGCGAGGCGGAUGAGAUCGGCUGAUGAUGUUAGCGCUCAGUCGAAGGACGACAGUGAGUAUCUGGCAGGUCAUUUCUGGGGCUCAAUGCCCUUGUCGCUUGGCUGGAGGGUCGGAGAUUCAGUCAACGAUGAUGACGCUGAAAAGGACGGGUGUGUGCCUAGUUGGAGUUGGGCAUCUAUACGAGGGGGAAAAAUGCACUCACCGGUUGCUUGGGGAGACGAGACCGAUCAACGGUGUCUCGCGCAGAGGGUAGAAUAUAGCAAGGGUACAGAGGAAGAUUGGAUCGUCCAGCUCACCUUGAGGACCUUUGUGGUUAAGACGCAGUUCAGCAGUUGUGAUGGGAAUGCAAUGGAGGUAGCGGGGUUGAAGGGGGACAGAUAUUGGGUCGAGGUAGAGUGGGAUCCUGAGGUUGAAGAUUUGGAAGAGCUGUGGUUGGCAGUGAUUGUGGAAGAUUCGUGGCUGAGACAGUGGAGCGGUUUGGUCCUGAGGGAGGCUGUUGGCGAUAAGGAGAGCUUCCGCCGAGUUGGGUACUUCAUGCUCAACACAGUGCAGGAAGAGAAUUGCAUGGAAGAAUGGAAGGAGAAUUUCCGUAUGGCGGCAGGUGGAGAGAUGAAGGCCAUUAUUUUAGUUUGA